AUGUGGAGCAAUUUCGAGGCGUCUGCCAUUGAGGAUGAGACCAUCUCCAAUGCCUUCUCAUCGCGUAGCAUUUUUAAGAUAAGCAGCGAGGAGCCGGUUAAGGAGUAUCCCUCCGUACAGGCAUCUGUACAGAGUGGCAAAAUGGUCAUAUCCAUUGACAAGAGUCUGCUGCUGCUAGAGGAUGAACUAGUAGCCAAAUGUAGUUUCCUGAGUUUCAGCGAGAACAUUGAUGCGAUUGCCAUAUCCAGCAGCGGCAAUCUCAUAGUAUGUGGCCUCUCGGACGGCGAAGUACACGGCGUCUGCAUAAAGGGCCUGCUGCUUUUUAGUGUGUGUAUUCGAGUCGAGGACGUUAGCAAGAACGGCACCUUUGUAAAAGUCCAACAGUUGGGACAACACUUUUAUCUUACGUGCAGGAACGGCAGCGUUUACUGUCUCAGCGAAAUCAAUGAAGCCACACUGGAGUCGCUGUCUAAUGUUACGCUCAAUGAUAAUGAUAAUGUUGCUGCGAUCCUGGAUGAUGUCAGCAUACAGCGCACUUGCAUGGGUUCCAACGGGCAGCUCGUUGAUAGUGCGCUGCUGAUCAAGCAACAUAUCGCUAACGCUUAUGCAGAGAACAAUAAAGAAUCGAAAAGUGCUGACUAUGGGCUCAUUUUAACAGGAGCGCAGGACGCUCUAGGUUUCAAAACAGGAUCAAAUGACAUGACACGCAUCAAACUACCCAAACAAUAUGGCUGCAUUAGACAUAUAUACAAUCUGGAAGAUUAUAUUAUUGCCCUCAGCCAGUCUGGGCACUUGUUGGAGAUUUGUCCAUAUACGCGCUCUGUCAAUUUAUGUUUGUUGCCGCAGAGCAGCAAUGUGCUCAUUGAGAACAUGCUUGUUAUGGAGUACAGCGAUGAGCAAAUUGAGCUGCUUUUGCUAACCAAACCAAACGCGGAAGGCGAUUGUUUUAUCAAAAUAGUGGAUUAUCCCUCAUUUAAAUGCAAGAAUGAGCUGGAAGUGCCGAGACAUACAUGGCUGGUGCGCCAACCAAAGAGCGCGGUUAAUUUGUAUUACCUUGCAGCCAGGCAAGACGAUAUGCCAUCAGAGGUAGAGAUGCUAAUUGUAUCCGAGACGGAUCCCAGUGAUCGCUUUAAGAAACUUAUUGCCAAGGGACGUUUAGAGGAGGCAGAGGAAUUUGGUGCACAGUUUGAACUAUGCCUGCAGCCCAUCUAUGAAGCCAAGGCCAAACGCAUGCUUGUUGAACUCUGCGAUACUAAUGCAUGCUUAGAUGUAACUGAGCUAGAUGAGAAAUUUCAGAAGCUACUACAGUUGCUUGGACAAAUAGAGAAUAAAACGUUUAUCAAGAACAAUCGCAUGAUUAACUUGGGCUCGCGUGAAGUGCUGGAGCGCUACCUGCGGGAAAUACGCACAAGAUUAAACUCCGAGGAUGAUGAGGAGCAUUUAAUAGAAAUCGAUGAGCAAUUGUGUCGCCUUAAAACUUUAGCCAUCAUAGAUCCCUACGAGUGUAAUAGCGAAUGGCAAAAGUUUGUGUAUGAUACAAAUCUGGUUAAAAGUGUUAAGGGCAUGUUUAGCAAGGAUAUGUCCACAGCUUGCCUAAUUUGGCGCCGUCAUUCCAGCAGCAUUUUGCCGUUCCUUAACGAGGAUGAGUUGCGCACCUUGCUGGGCUUCAUACCCAGCAGUACAGAGCCGCUGCAUGUUGUACAAUGGUUGCGACAAUUUGUGCCCAUAGUAAGCAAUACGCAUCCUGCCAUUAUGCCAUUUGUAACCGACUGGAGCAUUGAGCGCACGCGCAAACUGCAAUACGAUGAAGUUUGGCCAGACAUUGGAUUGGAGUUCUCUACGAAAAUAUUGGAAAUCUUUGAGGAAAUUGAAUUUAUUUACUCUGAUGUGGUGCGUCAGCAUGAGCGCAACAUAAGCAAGCUGCGGGAUUUGGUUAAUGCGCUGCAGGACUUGUCUGUAUUGAAAAAGAAUUACAAGCUGGACUUUACUUUAGAUAGCUAUAUGCAAGAUUCCAUAGAUGCAACGGCCAUAAGAAUAUUGCAACGCGUGAAUAUAGACAAUUUACAGAGUCUGGUAAAGAACUUUUUGUAUACCAUUUAUCAGGAAAAGGGCAUGCAACCCUUGAGCGUAAUCAAGCAGUAUAUUAUGCAAUUGGUGAUCAAUCGUCAUUCGUUAAGUAAUUGGGUGGAACGUUCAAUGAGCUGCUUGGAGCUGCUGCACAAUGAGGACAGCCGACUGGAGUGUGCGCUUUCAAUUUUGCAAAACGCACCUGUGCCCUGGCCUGAGACAUUGGCGCCGCUAAUAAAGCUGCGCAACUCGACGCAUCCGCUAAGCGUCAAAAUAAAUGCCGAAUAUGAAAUACAGGUGAUCAAGAUAAUGAAGGUCAAGUAUGGCUGGCCAGAAGAUAGCGGCGCUGAUAUCAACCUGGAGCUAUUCAUGAUGCGCAUAGUCAAACUCGACUUGCCGGAUAUGCUGCAGGAUAUACGCAUAUUGACUAAAGCGGCGCCAGAGAUUUCCACAACAGCCAACUUUAAUUGCUGCUAUCAGAUGGCGCUGCGUGGACAAAUAGAUCAAGCUUACGAGUUCUUCAAGUCGCUCAACAAUAAGAAUGACUCAGUUAAUGCCACAAAUGUUGUUGACAUUUUGGCCAAUAUGCUUGAGCCCAAUCCCUGCGUGUUUGCCAAUGAUGCGAAGAUACAACAGCAUCAGAAUGUGCUGGAACUCUUCGAGCUAAUGCUACCACAUGUUGAUGCAGUCUAUAAACAACGCUGUAAACUUGUCAAAAAUCGCUUUGUGCUUAGCCAACAGUUUAAGCUGCAAUUGCAGAGCAUCAACGACUUGAUUUCGCUGCAAAAGCGUACAGAGCUGCUAGACGAGGGCAUUGAGCUCAUCAUUGCGCGUGCACAGGCCACAUUGAAUGUCUGCGCAUUUAUCAUCAACGAAAUGCGUGAGCUGUGUCAGGCGCUUGAUUUGCAAAAAAUCUUUGGAUUGCGACGCAUUAGUCAACGCAUGGGUUGUCUGCAACUUAGCUGUGCAUUGGCGCAUUAUGUGCUGGAGUUUGUUGAUUGCACGCCUGCCAACAGCAGCGAAUUCAUUGACCUGGCCAUAGAAUUGCUGGUGCAGCAAAUAGCGGUGUCCACCAGCCGCUCGCAGGUUGAGGCGUCAUCUACACUGCAGCUGAUUAAUGCCUGUGAUCCAUUAAGCUUCCCAUUGGCCUACGAACUACUUACGGAGGCCACGCAGCUUGAGCAAUGCAAGCAAUGUGAUUUGGCGGAGUUAAUUAACUUUGUGCGCGUGCCUGUCAUGCACUAUCCCAUGGCCUGCAUUGAGGCGCGCUAUAAGGACAAAGAAAAGGAAACUAAUGAGCAGAUCUGUCGCGCUUUGGAUGGUGUUGGCAUAUCCCAAGGCGAUACAACGCUUAACUUUACUACAACACUAAACACUUCCAUUGAUAUUAAACCAGAUAUAGAGCAAGUGCCAACUAAGAAACGCUAUUCCGUGUCCAUGUUCGAUGAAGUCGAUGUGCAAUUGCAGCCACAGCCACUGCAAAAGGUAAACAACGGCAGUCUGUCCAUUGUAAAGUUCUUGGCACGCACGUUGCUGCUCAUGGUGGUUGAAACGCAGCCAAGCAAUUUGCUGCUGUUGCAACUGCAACAAACGGUGCCCGAGCAUCUAAAGCGUGAUGUUGAUGCUGCGCGCUGUGAUUUCUUUUCAUCGCUGGAACAACUCGCCAAGGCAAAGGAGCACGAUGCCUGGUAUAUAACAGCACAGUAUUUGCUUAAGUAUCAGGCACAGUAUGGCGGCAAAGUGAUUAUAAACGAGAAGCUUGUUAGCAUACAGCUGCGACGCCUUUUACGCAAUGCUAUGAACGACAGCGAUGCCAAUUUACUUGAAAUGUUAACCAUGUUGCUGGCGGAUAGCGAAGCAAAUGCACAGCUAGAAGGUCUGUCCACAGACAUGAAAACCGAUCAGCAGAGGAUCAAUUUUCUUACGCUCUCUGCCAUGUACAAUGAGCGUGUUGGUGACAAGGAAAAUGUGCAAAAAAUUCUUGCCAAACGCAACAAGCUUAAUUAUUAUUUGGAGUUUUGUAAGCAAGAUCCCAACAUCAAAGGUAAAUUUAAUGCAGACAUGGAUAACAUUGAGCAGCUGGUCAAGGAGUUCCACAAGAAGCCCAUGGAUGUGCGUCUGCUGGAGCGCAUGAGCAAAGACUUUGGCAUGAACUAUCAGAAAAUGCUCAUCACACAAAUACUGAGCAUAUUAAGAGCGCAAGAAAUGCGCUACGAAGUCAAGCACGAUACGUUUGGUGAGGAGGAGCUGGUCAUGCUAAGCAAUGUGCGUGAGAUGCGCGACAUGUGCCAGCCCUACAUCAAUGAGAUACAAAAUGUGGAGCUAUUUACCUCACAGCUCAAGCAGUUUAUCGAUGAGAUUAACAUUUACUUUUAUGAGCUGUAUCUGUGUGUCAUUGAGAUAUUGACGCUCUUUAGUGCCGCACCCAAAGCCAUGGAGACUUGGACGAAUAUUUUGCACUUUCUGCGUCAUAAAAUGAUUACACGUCGUCGCAAUCGCGCAAGUCAAUUGGAAACGGACAUGUGGAUGCAAUCGCAAAAGGAUACGGGUGUUUUGCCCAAAAUGGCGCGCUUUCGCCUGCCAUUCAAGCCCAUUGUGGAGAAGCCACUUAAAGAUAUACUGGACAGCGAACUUAAUGUGGACAACUGCCAGAGCUGGUUUCCGCUUAUACUCAUGUGUACAGCGCUGCAAGGCGCCAAGGACACAACACAAAGCUGCGACUAUUUCUGCAUGGCAGCUGUUAAAAAUUCCAUAGCCGAGUACAAGUCGAAGAAUGUCGCAGAAACCUGGAAUCUAUAUCCAACUAACAAUGCGUUCUUGAAAUCGAUACUACGUUUGGUUAAAAACGUACACAAUGCAAAUAAAGCGUUUUACAUACUUUAUUGCAUUGCCAGCUAUGCGCCUGAUGGUGCUGAUCAGGUAGAAGCCUCCUACGAGUGCUGGAACUAUGCCAAGCAGCAUACACAUGUAAUAAACGAUCCCAAAUACCAGGAGCAGGUCAGCAAAAUUAUGCGCAGAUAUCCCAUAUUGAAGACGCAACACUUGCUUAAUGUUUACGGCUUGACGGAUGAUAAGCUUAUGCGACUGGUCGAGUAUCCAACGGAUCUAAUACAUUGUCUAUAUCAUCACGAGCUAAUACUCAAGUCCAGCAAAGUAGAUAUAAACGCAUUGGUCAAGGAACUCUGUGACUUGCAUGAGUUGAGGCUGGAUGCCAUACAGUUUAAGCUGCUGCAAAAAUGGCUAUCCGUGACAAUGGAACCAGCAGAUGGCACAAUGAUGGAGGAAACAUUCCUGGAAGAUCAGAACUUGGCUGAGAGCAACACUGCAGCUGAUGGGCUAGCUAGCGAGAAUGUAGUGCGUGCAUUUUAUAUAUUAAGCAGCUGGCCCAAGGUCGAAGCAGCACAGUUUAUAACUGGACUGAUAUUCAAGGGCGGCACUGUCAACACCUCCACGCAACUGCAGAUGUAUGAAUGCUACUCUAAGCUCUACGACGGCAGCAAUACCUUCUACAAUACGAUCAGUCAACGCAACUUCAUUGCCAUCAAGUGUGUGCAUGAGCUCAAGGCACUUGGCUACAACUCCAACAUAGAAAAGUUUGCCGAUGAUAACUGCGAUAAAAUUAGCAUACUAAAGAUGAUUUGGCAGCGCAAUGCACAGAAUCCGCUAUCCUUGGAGGUAAUGGCUGACAUAUGCAUUGGCUUCGAUAUACAUUUGGCCAAGAUUUGGAAUGGCAUACUGAAGCGCAUGGUAAUGUUCAAUAUGGUGCAAAAGCUUAACGCUUUGGUCGAUGUGCUGAGCAUUCGACCGCAGUUGCUGCAUCUGGAGGGACUGACACAAGCCUGGGACUGUGUGCUCUGCGAUCCGCUGCGGAAUGCAAUACAGACGCGCAGCUUUGAGCAAGAGGAGCGUCUGCAUAAGACGCUGCUACGUCUGCAGGGUUGUCCAAUAGUGCAUUCCUUAAAGUUAAAAGAAUUCGCUGAGCUUUGCAUGCUUAGACAGCGGCCACAUAUGGCGGCUGUUGUGCUGAUUUUUACGCAGAGCAUUGAGCAACGCGAAGCGAUCAAAAAGUGCAUCAAAGCACGUCCCGGCGAAAAUCUACGACAACAAAUUCUGCAACUAGAGUAUGCUGGUCUAUUGCCUGUAGUGCUUAACUUUGCGCUUAAGGAAUUGAAUCUAUAAUUUAUUUACACAUUUAUUACAA